AUGAAUUCUGCUACUGAAAAGUUUGCCCGUUUCCUAGAAGAAAACAAACUCUCCAUGGAUGCCAUGAAGAGACUGGGAUAUCCCACAGAUUCCAUUGACAAAUCAGACACACCUAAAACUAAGGUCUGUAACCGUUGCCAAACAAAUUUCACCAAUGCGAAUAGUCUAUGCAUGUACCAUUGGGGCUUGCCGGAAGAAAACCUCUCCAACACAUACUACAAUUGCUGCGGUGCACCCCUACACAGCAGAGGGUGCACAUGUAUGAUUGGACAUGUCGCAAAAAGUGAGCGUGCUAGUUUUAAAUACACUCGAGCUACUAACUGCCUCCCACCAAGUGUUUUGGGCAUCCAAUGUAAGCUGGUGCAAACCACAAAUGGAUUGCAAGCUGGUAGAAUAUCUCUCGUCAACUUCCGAGGACAAGUAUUAUAUGACAGCUACAUCUUUCCGGAGUACAGAGUAGUGGAUUGCAACACCAGUACCUCGGGCUUAUUGGUGAAGGACGUUUUCGGAGGCAAGGAAUUGAUAGAGGUUCAGGAAGAUUUGUUGAAAAUAAUCAACAAACAUUCCAUAUUAAUUGGACAUGGGUUAGGGUCCUGCUUAAAUCUACUAAAGUUGAUCCACAUGCACGUGAUUGAUCUCAAUGAAUGCUUCGAUCAGUCUGGAUCAUCAGAUCUAAAUGAGCUAGCUGAGACGUACCUCGGACCCAAGGCUGUGAAUUUACGAAAGGACAAUGUAUUAGAUGCCAAAUUAUGUAUAGAUUUAGUUCUGUAUGGUUUCUUCUUGGAAUUAUUUUGUAUUAUUUAA